AUGAACGGGAAUAUGAAUCCGCAUUUAUGUGCGUGUAGUGCACGACUUGCAGAUUUCCAAGAAUGGGGGAUUGAGCAGAACCUUCAAGAGCAGCUUAAAAGAGCUCAAGAUGAACUAAAGGUUCGAGAUGGACAGAUACGGGCACUGCAGAAGGCCAAUGAUCAGGUCAAAGAUCAGUUGGAGGCAGUGGAGAUCAGUCGGAGCCGUUCUUUGGGUUUAGCCCGGGAGCAAUUGGAGCAGUGGAAGAAAGCCCAACGGCAGAAACAGCUCCAGUUAACAACGAAAUCUUGUCAGAUUCCCCUGGAUCAGCCAAUACUACUGGAGACAGGGGGAGACAAUGAACUGAAGGCUGGAGAUGAACGGAUCUGCGCACUGCAAAAGGAAGUAACUGACGUCAGAGAUCAGUUACAGGCAGUGGAGACCAGUCGGAGGCGUUCUUUGGGUUUGGCUCGGGAGCGAGUGGAGCAGUGGAAGAAAGCCCAACAACAGAAGAAGCUCCAGUUGUCAGAAAAACCUUGUCAGAUACCUCUGGAUCAGCCAAAACUAUUAGAGACAGAGGGGGACAAUGAACUGAAGGCACUGCAGAAGGCCAUGAAUCAGGCCAGAGAUCAGUUACAGGCAGUGGAGAUCAGUCAAAGGCGUUCUUUGUGUUUGGCGCGGGAGCGAUUGGAGCAGUGGAAGAAAGCCCAACAACAGAAGAAGCUCCAGGGAGCAGAGAAAGCUUGUCAGAUACCUCUGGAUCAGUCAGCACUAUUAGAGACAGAGGGCAACAUAGAACUAAAGGCCAGAGAUGAACGUAUCCAGAAGCUGCAGAAGGAAGUAGCUGAACUCAAAGAUCAGUUACAGGCAGUGGAGACCAGUCGAAGGCGUUCUUUGGGUUUGGCGCAGGAGCGAGUGACGCAAUGGAAGGAAACCCAACGACAGAAGAAGCUCCAGUUUGUCAGAUACCUCUGGAUCAGCCAAAACUAUUAG